AUGUCCACGACCACUUCACCAGCUUGUGUUCAUCCUGUUGCCAACUAUCAUUCGGCAUUUCCUGCACUACAAUCUUUACCGUGGUCACAUUCUACUUUACCUCAUUCCAAAAAACGCCCAUCGAUACCUAAUUCAACUUUCUCACAGUCUCUUAGCCCGCCAAAACCUCCUGCUUACCUCAAACAUACUCAAUAUGCCGCUCUUGUUCGUGAACAAUAUCAAUAUUUAUUACAGAAACGAUAUGAAAAUACAAAGAAAUUAGUAAACGAUACCCCACAACAUGAACAAAUGACCAAUAACGAUAUACUUUCAGAAUUGGACUUGCGAUUACCUUCAUUUUGGAAUGCUGCUGAUAAAUCACGAUAUCUUGAAAUUGACAAGAAUGGUCUUGGUGUCACUUAUAUAGGACCUGGCAAAUGUGAAGAUCAUGCUGGUACUGUUCGUGCUAAUUUCCCUAUGCGAAAUCAAUGUGGUGUUUAUUAUUUUGAAAUGCAUGUCAAAUCAAAAGGGGAUGAUGGUUACAUUGGUAUUGGAUUCUGCAGUGCAAAAAAUGAACUGAAACGUUUACCAGGAUGGGACAAGAAAUCAUUUGGGUAUCACGGUGAUGAUGGUCAUUCUUUUGAAGGUUCCGGCAUUGGCAAGAAAUACGGACCUCAAUUCAAGACUGGCGAUGUGAUUGGUUGCGGUGUCAACUUUGCAAGCAAAACUGCAUUUUAUACAAAGAAUGGUUCUUCCCUCGGUGUUGCUUUCCAAGAUUUGGAUGUUUCCCAACCUUUGUAUCCUUGUGUUGGUAUGCGAACUGCUGAUGAAUAUAUUACUGUCAACUUUGGUCAAGAACCUUUUGUUUAUGAUAUUGUACAAUACAUUCAGGAACAAAAAUUGUAUUUAUGGAAAGAUAUUGGAACAUAUUCUUUAUCUUCAAAUAUACCUAUGAUGAUAAAACCGAAUUCCAUGGACAAAUUGGUAUUGUCCUACCUCAUUCACCACGGCUAUUCUGGGACUGCUCAGGCUUUGACAAGAGAUUCGGCUUAUCUUACGGAUCAAGAUGGAGAUAAUUACAUUCUAUUCCAACUCAAAUGUCAAAAAUUUGUUGAAAUGAUAAGUGAUCAUAGUGACCAAGAAUAUGAAGGACGUCAAAGAACAACAAUCAAUCAUCAACGCCGAUAUAGUGAAGUCGACAGCAUGGUUUCAUUUUCAUCCGAAGAUGAUCACACAAGCAUCCUCAGUUGCAGUAGUCAGACAAGUAGUAUGGAUGGCAUGAUGACUGACGAUGGAUCUCUAGAUUCCUCUAUACAACAAAUGAUGCAAACUAUUAUGAUGUAUGGUCAACAAUUACAAGGCGAAUAUGGUAAAGAUCCUUCAGCAAAAAUCAAAGACAAAUUAAAGCAAAUAUUUUCCUUGUUGGCUUAUCCUGAUCCAAGAUCAAGUCCCAUGGGCCAUUUGAUGGAUAAAGUACAUCGUGAAACAUUAGCAAGUGAUGUCAAUGUGGCAAUAUUAGGCAAGUCCUCAAAAAAAAAAGAAAAAAAAAGAGAGAGAAUAGCAACCCUGAAGAAGACUAAUUGA